UGUGAGAACAAAAUUCUAUCUCCACAGAUUUUCUGUGUAGGAUGGGUUUUGGUUUAGUUCUUGAUUGUUUUUGCAUUUAGUACUUUCAAAGGUCCUUGAUGGCCAUCAUGACAAGCAUUGUGGGACUCCAUUUUGGCCUUGUUCUUGUCCGUUUUGUGGACCAUAAAGAACGAAUUCGACAUUGGAUGACAGCUUCGAUUUUGUUAUUUUUUCUUGCACUGCUCCUUACUUUUCUAGGAGUUCCUUUGAACAAAUCUCUUUACACAACUAGUUACAUGUUGCUAACUUCUGCCACUGCAGGGCUCCUCUACUGUGCUAUAUAUUUAUUGGUGAUGAUACUUCAAGACUUCUCGACAACUCAAGCUACUGUGUAUAUAGAAAAGCCUAUUUUACUAGAGCCCCAAGCACCAAGUUAGAACUCAAGACCUCAGGCAAAAGGAAGUGA